AGGGCGGAGAGACGUGUAUCUUGUCAGUAUAUCCAUAAUCUUGCUGUCUGUCAUCCAGGGUUUAUAACGUCAUUGGUGUUGGGAGGGUGGCUUCUUGACGAAGGUACAAAGUGGAUGUUUUAAGUGCUACGGCCCGCAAAACAAAGUUUUCACCCACCCACCUACAUUCCCAAUAUACCUGCCACCCAGCCCCCAACAGUCUUCACCCUGAGGCCUAAGAGCACACCACACAGGUAGCAAUGUCUUCCGGUAAAGCAGACCGCUAUCGCACACAGCCACGGGACUCCAAUACCCUCAUCCAGACAUGCAGCUCCAACAUCCAGAAGAUCACACAGAACACUGCCCAGAUAAAGAGCAUGGUGAAUCAGCUGGGGACGAGGCAAGACACCAGCGAACUGCAGGACCGUCUGCAGCAGAUACAGCACUUUACCAACCAGCUGGCCAAGGAGACCAGCAAGCACCUGAAAGACCUGGGCGCCGUCUCACUAUCUUCAGCACCUUCAGAGCAGAGACAACAGAAGAUCCAGAAGGACCGGCUGGUGAAUGAUUUCUCCGCUGCCCUCAACAACUUCCAGGCCAUACAGCGCCAGGCAGCAGAGAAGGAGAAGGAGUCUGUGGCCAGAGCCAGAGCUGGUUCCCGUCUCUCAGCUGAAGAUGGUACCUCUGAGGAACAGCUCGUGUCUUUUGAUAACCAAGAUGAUUGGGGUCAGACAACCACACAGACGACAGAGGAGGCCAUAACAGAAGAGGACUUGGAGCUUAUCAAGGAGAGAGAGACCAACAUCAGACAGCUGGAGUCGGACAUCUUGGAUGUGAACCAGAUCUUCAAGGACCUAGCAGUGAUGAUCCAUGAUCAGGGAGAUAUGAUUGACAGCAUAGAGGCCAACGUGGAGAGUGCUGAGGUCCACGUAGACCGAGGGACAGAACAGCUCCAGAGAGCCGCAUACUACCAGCUAAAGUCCCGUAAGAAGAUGUGCAUCCUGGCCGUGGUCCUGUCCAUAGUACUAACCAUACUGGGCAUCAUCAUCUGGCAAGCCACCAAAUGAAGAGAGACCUCCCCCGACCUGAAACACUAGCCUGGGAUGGGAUCCCCUGAGCGGUAAGAGAAGGGGAUGCCCGGCUAGCUCACUGUUGGCAGAGGUCAGGGGUCAGUGGAGUGGCAUCAGGGGCAAAGGGAUGGGUCUAGGAUGUAAUCUUACCUGUUACCUGACAUUCCCCACCUGAGCUCAAGACCUCCAUCUAACCUCCUCUCUCAUUUACCCUGAGACAACGCAGUAGUAUUUAUAUUCAAAUGAAGGAGAGUAUUGGAGUGAGAUGGGGUGGGGAGAGUGGAUUAAUAGGAAGAUAUAAUCUUAUGAUCUGUUUCAGUUCAUUUUGUGAUAUUUACUGCACUAACACUAACAUUUAUUGUAUUUCCAAAAGCAGAAUUAUUGUUAUUAUUGUAGGGGUGUAAAUGAUUUUUGUAACCUGUACAUUUCCGUCACCUUUCUGGUGUGUAAACAUUUUAGAGUCCCACACUCCAUUCAAGUAACAGGAGAGGUUUCACGAACACAGAUUAAGCCUAGUCCUCGACUAAAAUUCAUUUUCGAUGGAGAUUCUCCAUUGAGCAUGAAUUUUAGUCCAUGCGUGACUAGGCUUAAUCUGUGUCGAGGAAACCACCCCAUAGUCCUUAUAUUGCUCAGGUGAGAUGAGGUUCUGAUAGCAACUUUGUUUUAUCCAACUGUAUACAUGAUAAUAACAAACUCUGGUCGUAAUAAAUAUAUUUAUUAACACCGUUGCAAGAGCAAACCAGUUGCCGGAAUGUUUUUUAGUCGAGGACUAGGUAUAAUCUUUGUCAGGGAAACCAGCCCCCUUGCGGUAGUAUUAUGUAAUGAAACUUUUUUUUCCUCACGGUUCCUCCCUGCCUUAAGAACAUGUUAGCAGAACAGGGACUUAUGUUGUAGAUGGUGGUGAUGACUGGAUGUGAUGAUCAUAGUUGUAUAUGUGCUGUAAAACUGAACUUAUGACUGAUUUUCUCAUUAUGAUGCAACUCUUUUGUGUGUAUAUAUAUAUUACAAAAUCUUGGACUAUAAACCAUUUUGAAUAUUUUCCGGGUAAGAAAGAAAUAUCUGUUAAAUGCAACCACAGUUUUAAAUCUACCUGUUUUGUAUUGAUUUCAAUGGCUUCUAUCGGUAUUUAUAAACAAAAACUACUUCCCAACACUUCGUUCUAAAGGGUUAUUUAUUUUGGUGUGCUUUUGAAUGUUCAAGAAAUGUAGUGGUUCGCACACAAUUUCCUUUUUCCUUUUUUAUGUUUUGUUCUUUUCUUUUUACAGCAGGGAUGAAAGAUUAACCCAAGUUUCAGUGUGUUUUGUAUGUUGAAGGUGGAAAACAAAACACUGUCCUGUAGGCAGUGUAAUAUGGUGGCCAGUAGGAGUCAGUGGAGCUCUGAAUACAGGCGCAGGAGAAGAUGGAAUGUUCAUGGAAAAGCUGCAAACUGCUGAUUUCAACCAUCUGUUUUCAUCGGGUUCAGAUUCACUGCAUCCACGUAGAUUCACACUGAAUGGCCAAUAAGAAUGGAGUAGAGUUUAAUUAUUUCAGUACCAAUGAAACAAGUUGAAAUUUAUACCGUGGUUUUAUAGUUUGUACAAGGAUGCACAUUUAGUUGACAAGUAGGUAAGACACCUAUUUGCAUCAGCAGAAGCAGUCUUCACAAGUCUGUCUAUAUACAGUGCCACAAGUAUGUUCUGUUACAUCCUGUCCUUCAGAGUGGGAUGAUUCCCUUAGUGUGUUUCAUUAAAACGGACAUGAACAUGG